AUGCUUGAUGCUGACAGCAGUGGAACCAUAACAUUGGAUGAGCUAAAAGAAGGCUUAAAGCGAGUAGGAUCUGAACUUAUGGAAUCUGAAAUCAAGGAUCUUAUGGAUGCAGAAGAUAUUGAUAAUAACGGCACACUCGACUAUGGUGAAUUCAUUGCUGCUACUGUCCACUUAAACAAGCUGGAAAGAGAGGAAAAUCUUUUGUCACCAUUCUCCUACUUUGACAAAGAUGGAAGUGGUUAUAUAACCAUUGAUGAGAUUCAAGUAGCUUGUAAGGAGUUCGGUUUGAAUGAUAUCCAUAUUGAUGAAAUGGUCAAGGAAAUUGAUCAAGAUAAUGAUGGACAAAUAGAUUAUGGAGAAUUUGCUACCAUGAUGAGAAAGGACAAUGGCGGGAUGGGAAGACGAACCAUGACAAGCAGACUCAAUUUCAGAAAUGCUCUUGGAAUCAUAGGCAAUGGAUCCAAUUAA